AUGGCCUGUAGAAUUGAGCAAGUGCUUGGAGUCGAAUACGAGCUCACGUUCGCAGCAGUGAUGUACCUCUCGACCACUAAGAUCAUUCUUGCGCUUGCUUCCACGGGGGUGCCUGCCAAGCAUGGCAACAAUCAUAUCGCAUAUGUCAAGGCGGACGAAGAGGCGCACUUGUGA